CUUUACAGAAUGACUACAUCCCGAUUCGUCGUAAAGUUUGUGCUUUGAGAAGAGGGAUUAGUUACUGGUUUGUCGUGUUGGACUUGGAGCAAAAAAUGUUAGGAUUUACUAUUUCGUCUAAUUGAAUUUCUGUUUCAAAGAGGUAAAAUGUAACUUAAAGUAUGUUAUUUGGUAUAUGAACUUCAUGGGGUCAACCAUGCAGCCUAAAAUGUGGGCUGGAUUUAAAAUUGGUGUUAAAAAUUAAAAAAUUAUAAUAAUUAAUUUCAUUGUAAUAAAAUACUUUAAAUUUUAAAAAAGACAUUAUUUAAUAACAAUUCAUUGGCUACAAUAGCCUCAAUAGGCAAUUAAACUGAAGACACGAAUAAAGUCUAUUCCCUUGGUUUGUUUUUUAAACGAAUUUGAACUCGGUUUAUUUGUUGAAUAAUGUUAAAUGUUAAAUAAUUUGAAGAGUCUAUACCGAUUGAAAAAAAAAAAGAAGAUUUUUUAGUAUUUCUAAGAAGAAUAUGGUUUACUAGAGGUGCAGGUAAAAUAUAACUGUAGCCCAGGCACUUUGGGUCAACGCGACCCACACUCUAACUGACCUAUUUUCUAGCUUCUGACUCAUCCACAAAGUACUUGUCUAAAUCUAUUUGUAUAAGAUGAAAUACGCAUGGAUCGAUUAAAAAAAAAAAGAUGAUUUGUCUGAAUUCAUUACAUGUAACAUUUGUUCAAAGUCGUGUCAGUUAAAAUGACAUCGUGAUGGCAAAAUUUGGAAAAUAAAAAAAAUGGAAGGGCCUGGUUUAGGGGGGGUGAACCAAAUGUGGACAGAAGCGUCGCGGGGGGGGGGGGGUUCUGAUUGUCAGUCCCCUAUACCCUUAUAUAACACGAACCAGGACAUUUCACUUUCAAGAAAACUACAAAAACUCAUUUCUCUAGCUUGCCCAUGAUAACUUUAACUUUUCCAUGAUAACUUUAACUUGACCGUGUUAACUUUAAUUUGUCCAUGAUAACCCAACAUAUGAUGUACCCUUGAUUUCCAUACCGCAUUUUCUAUCUAAAAUUAACAUAAACUGCCCAGGCGUGUGUCCCAUUGUCACCAGAACAACAUGCCAUCUCACCAGGGUGUCACCAGAUCAGGCAGACGCCGAGGCGUUCCUUGGUGAAACCACAAUCAUUACGCCGACUCCCUGGUUAUUUCUGACAAUGAGUGGAAUCUAUUAUGUUUGCGCGUGUGCAUUUGUGUGUGUGUGUGUGUGCUUGUUUGUGUGUAUCGUCCAGAGACAGCAAUUUAUGAUUUAAAUAACUAAGAAUAAUUUCUAUAAUAAAAUGUUUGCGAAAUAAUUACAAUUAUUGUAUGAAUUUUUUUUUUUUAAAUAUAAAUUUUGAUCUCAGCAGACAUAUAAAGGGCAAUAAAGAAGUUUUAAAGUUAGUCCGGACAUGGCCCACUCAGAGAAGAACUGCAUGAAGCGGCUGAUGCAUGAUUUGGCGGAGUUAAAUAAGAGCCCCGUGGAAAAUGUCUCAGCCACACCCCUCGAGGACAACAUGUUAGAGUGGCACUGUAACAUCAAGCACGGCGAGGCAGUUUUUCAUCUCAUUCUGUUCUUCUCGUCCGAGUACCCCUACAAGCCACCCAGCGCAGAAUUCGUCCCUACGGGAUUUACUUACGCAGGCGGCGCCACCAAACAUGGGAGGAAGGGUACACAGAUUUGCCUGAGCAUCUUCUCCGACUUUGCCGACGUGCACACGGAAUGGGCGAGCGAGAGAGCGACCGGCUGGUCUCCCGCCUAUACCGUGCAAACCAUUCUGAUAAACGUUGUCAGUUUCCUGGCAGAAAUCGGCUCUGACAACAAGAACGUAGACUUAUCCCGCCGUUUUGAAUGCAGAGACUGCGGCCAUACCUACACCACACCUGUGCCGGCACUGAAUGCUGCCAGCCCACCCGAGGCACCCGCCCGUGUAACCGAGGAUGCUUUGGAGACUAAUCAGGUGACACGCCAUCCAAACGUUGAGAUUAUUGACUGCAUUUCAAAGGAAAAAUUUCAGUUAAAGGAACCUAAGUCCGAAUACGAUCUAUUCGGAUAUGGGGUGAUUGCCAAAGGAAUGACCGGCAAGAUCCGACUGACGACAUCUUGCGAGUUCCUAUCCGGGAAAUCGUUUUACGAGAUGAAGGACUCCCCCAAUGCGGCCCGCAGCGUGGUCUUGAAAGAGGAACUCUCUUUCUUUUUGCCAUUGUACAUCCACCCAAUCCAAGGUGGUCGCAUCAAAAUGGAGUUUGAGAAGACCAUGAACGCGAUUUCUGAACGCAAUGGUCGGGGAGGAAUCGGCGUGGAGCCCGUUGAGGACAUUAUUUUGAGCGUCGUGCCCAAUCUUAUGCUAGGUACCGUUGUUGAUUUUUUUAAAGGGGUGCAACAUACAAGCGAGAACAGCUUAUAUGGAUACUUUGCGCUACACAGACUGUUUCUUUGGGCCAUGGAGACAUACCCAAACCUGCAGGAUAAGCUUGAGUCACUCCUGAUCAGCUUUGUCGAAGAUAAAUUUAAGCGCACGAAAGACCGCUGCCCUGAUUUGGGUGAGUGGCUGAUGCUUCUGGCUGGUUCAAAUUUAUUAAGCUGGCAGGAUGUGGCGUCUGCAUAUCUCGAGGAAUGCUAUAAACGCAACGUGAUGUGGUACAUCAAAGAUGAUUCGCUGCUGCGAAACCUCGAAAUAAGCAAAGAGUACAGAAUUACAGGAACAUUCAAGCACACGGCCGUCAGUCGCAACAUCCUUGCCUUCCAGGUUGUUUUCUUGGACGUUGCCAUGCCAGAAAACAUGAGUCGGGCGGAUAUUAUUCAAAGGUACGACGACAAUUGGGGGUUUCCCACACGCACCAUGGUGAACCAGAUGAAGGAGGUGUGUAAGAAAAUUAAGAAUGACGUCACUUCUUACGCUGAUUGGUUUGAAAUGCUUAAACUUCCGGUCCCAACCGACGAAGAGCUAUUCCAGAGCUUUAUCAAAGCGGUAAAGGAAGCCAAUUCAACGCGGGGUUACUACUACACGACACGUUAAGUUGGCUCUCAGUUUAAUGUCAAGAAAAUUAACAACAUAAUUUUCGUAAGACAAAAUCUCAUUCUGACCUCCAUUAAGACUUUUAUAAAUUGUUUUAAAGGUGAAAGAACUUUUUGGUUUGUUUUUUGAGUUUUUUUUUGUAACUCUUAAAAAGACCAUGUUGGUAAAAAAUGAAUAUUAUUGAUAGCUUUUUUACAUUUGUUUCAAAUAUUUAUUUUUUUUAAAUAAAAAUUCUGACACACUGUCUAUUAAUGAAACGUUAUACAAUGCAGUAACUAGACAUAUUGUCAUUAAAGCUACAAGGAAAUACAGCAUUGUGACGUCAUCUUUUCAGUUUUAUUUCAAGUUAGAUUACGUUGAUGAAUCAUUAAAACUCGACCUAAGUGAUAUGUAAUGUCUGGAAGAAACAUUGCUACUAAAAUGUGUGUAACUUUUAGACGGGAAAGGGUUAAUUGUGAAUUGUUUAUCCAUUACUUCAAACUCAUAAAAAUAAAAUGCACGAUAUGUAUCAAAUAAGCUAUUACAUCUUACUAUAUCACUGGCAGUAGGCCAACUGACUUUGACAUAUGUACUUUACGUCAAAUAUCCUUUAUUAAUAAUUAUGUACGUUGCCUAAAAAAAAAUAAUUCCGUUUUUGCAAGUGAAAUUAUAUCAGAAUUUGGUUAGAAGAAUGUAUUCAUUUUCCUCAGUUAAAAUCCACAUAUAGUUCAUUUUCCUCAGUUAAAAUCCACAUAUAG